AUGGAGGAGCGAGCCGAGCUCAUGAAGGAUAUUGUGUUUCGAGGUGUGGAGUUUGCCGUCAAGAUGGAAGUGGACAAUGGCUUAUUGAUUGUCGAAAUUUCAGACUCUACAACAGCCGAUCAGUGGAGAGGGGAAUUUGAUCCAGCCUAUAUUGAGGACCUCACUCGAAAAACUGGCAACUUCAAGCAGUUUCCUAUAUUCUGUAGCAUGUUGGAAUCUGCCGUUAUGAGGUCAAGUGAUUCUGUGACUCUGGACCUGCUGACUUAUGCUGAUCUGGAGCUGCUGCGUAACAGAAAAGCAGGAACGUCAAGUCGCCCUCGUGCCAAUCAGCAGUCCUCCGCUCUGACAGCCAAGAGAUACCUCAUCCUCAUUUACACCGUGGAGUUUGACCGCAUCCAUUACCCGUUGCCCCUGCCCUACAUUGGAAAACCUGACCCUGCUGCGCUGCAAAAAGAGAUCAGAGUUCUACGGGCAGAACUGGGUGCGGUCACCUCUCGGGGAAUCAACAAAUCCGACCAAAUGGAAAUACAGCAGCUGCGAGAAGAGUUGUUGCUGAUAAAGGAAGAGAAGAAUGCCAUGACUAAAGUUUUGGAGCGACUUCAGAUUGAUGGAAGAGCUGUGACCCCAGGAAGAGAGGAGUGGAGAGCCAGAGAUGUGGUUCAAUCUCUUGAGGAACAACUUAUGAAAGAAAGGGCCAAGAAUCAGCGCUCUGCAAGUAAAAGGAGCCAGGAACAAAGACUUUUAAUAGAACAGUUUGAGGAGCUGCGGGCAUCGGAAUGUGCUCUCCGCGCUCGAGUCAAAAGUCUCACCAAUGAACUGGCGCUGCUGCGGAGAGGAAGAGUGACCCCAGUCUCAAACCGCAUCGCAUCUCGACCCGAAGGGGAAGUCUACCGAUCGGUGUCGCGAGAGCGGAGGUCCGGGUACGCGGUGCUCCGGGCGCGGUCGGGGUCCAGGGAACGAAUGGAGGAGAGGGUUCAUAGAUCAGAGGAGCGAGGCAGAAGGUCAGACUCGACAGGACCAAGAGGCCGCGUUCAAAGACCGUCCCCGUCUCCCACCGGUUCAAGAGGUUCUCGCUUUGAUCCAACUGCUUAUAUUCAGGACAAACAGCGCAGACAAAAAGAAUCAGAUAAACAAAGGAAAGUGCGGAGGGAUCUGCUAACGUCGCCAGUGUUCCAGGAGAGGGGGCGGUCGCGUUCCAGAGAGCCACACCCAGCCAUGGUGCGGUCGGGCAGCCGUGGGAGGAGCUUGUCCAUCGAGAGGAGACUGAGCCGAAACUCCUCCGAAAGUUCAUUAGUCGAUAUGGAGGAAAUUACUAAAGCCUUUUUGAGAGGAAGGAAACCGAUGUACAAUGGACCUAAUGCGUCGAGAGGCCUUUUGACCCGAAAGCCAUUGUGUAGCACACCAACACAACGAUUAAGGGACAAAGAGAGUUCUAUUGAUACCGGAGCAGAGUUGUCUGAGAUCGAUGCUCGACUGCAGGCCCUACAGGAGUACAUGAGAGACCUGGACACUGGACGUUAG